UAUAUAUGUCUAUAUAGCUAUAUAGAUUAACAAAAUGGAUAUACCCAGCAGCGGUGCAAUAUUUACGCUUGGCAAAUCGCAUUUGGCGGAGAAUACGCAAAGCUAUUUCUAUAUCAAAAACGAUCCGGUCAAACGCUUGAUAUCCGGUCCGCAUCAGAGUGCGGUUAUAUGCGAAUCGGGUCGUCUUUUCGUUUGGGGCGAGAAUCAUUAUGGCCAACUGGGCAUUGGCGGGCAUGCCAACAAAAGCAACAACAACAACAAUGGUGAUAUAGUCAGCAAGCCAACUUGCGUUAAGUCGCUGAAAACUUUGGGCUUAAAGAUAAGCGAUGCCGCCUUUGGCAACAAUUGGGCCGUAAUAAUGACGCUUUCCAAUGAGAUAUUCUUUACGGGUCGAAACAUAUUCCCCUUGGACACGCAUGUGGCUCAGCAUUUCAUCAAUGCAGUCGUGGAGGAGCAGCCGUGCGCCAUAAUACGAAAGCCUUUUCGCUUGGAGGAGUUCGAUGACUAUCUGUCGAAGAACGAGGAAACGGAUAACUUUGCCGCUCUGCAGGCGGGCAACGAGCACUUUGUGGUGCUGACCAGCAAAGGUCGCUUAAUUGGCUGUGGCUCGAAUGCCAAACAGCAGCUGGGCGAUCUGGGCAUGGACUACGAUGGACAUCCCGUGGAAAUAUGCCUGGACGCUCCAGUGCAGCAGUUUGCCUGCGGGCCAGAGUCCACGCUGGUGCUGACUGGCAGUGGGAAUCUCUUUUUGACUGGCCGCCUCAAUGAGUUUGUCUUUCCCAAGUUCACGGAGCUGCAGAAGAAUCUCUCGCAGACGGAGCAGAUCAUCUUCAUGCACAUAUCGAAGGCCAGCGAGAUCUUUAUCGUGACCAAUGUGGGCAACAUCUACCGCAGCUUCGAGUCGCUGCGCAACAAGAGCUUGGUCUUUCAGCGCUUCUAUGACUACGACAGCGAAGAGAAUGGACCCAUUUGGAAGCUGCUCAAGGGCUUCUCCUUUUAUGCGGUGCUCAGCAAGGCCAAUAAGUUCUUCACCACGUUCUCGGAGAGCGGUCAUCAUCUGAAGACCUUCCGUGAGAUCUCCAAGUUUAAGAAUCUGCGUCUGCUCGAUAUUGCCGUAGGGGAUCAGCACAUUCUAGUCCAGGGCUUGCCCAGAUCUUCGGCUCUUUCGGCUACAGUGGGCAGUCCUGCGGAUGCACAGAGCUACAUGAGCCGCAGCUUUGUGCUACAACCCAAGGAUCUCAAUGGCAACAUGGAAAUGCGAAGCGCCAGCGGCAAAAGUCUGACGAAGCAACGUGCAUUGAAGGACACGGAACCAGAAACGGACGCAAAGGACAAGAGUUCGGCCUUCAUGGGCGCCAGCGUAGCAGCAGUUGGCGCAUCUGUGGCCACACUAGAGGCGGUGAAGCACAUUUCAGAUGGACACGAAAACGGGGGAGCUGAGCAGGAACCCAACACAGCAAAGGAGUCAGAGAAAGACAACGAACAAAUGGAAGAGAUGCAGGCAAUGAAUGAGAAUGUCAGUGAAGAAGCAAAUCAAGAAACGGAACAAAAAGCAGAGUCCACAACAGAGGAGCCAAAUAACAACAAAGGAGAGUUGUUGGUAGAAGCGAAAAUAGAGACGCCAGUCGAAGCAAAGGCAAGCGAAGCAACGCCUCAAACAGAAAGUCAAGCAAUGGAAAUGGAAAUGAAAUCGGAGCCAAUGGAGCCCACGGCGCCUGAGGAGAGUCCGAUUAAGCAACCCAAAAAUACAACAGCAACAACAGCUACAGUAGAAGCGUUAGCCAAGUUGCCAACGCCACCUGCAGAAACGCCAUCACUUCAACAAUCACCAGCAGAAUCGAUCAAGUCGAACAAAGUGAAAGCAGAGGACGCGCAGCCGCCCACAGUGAGCAGCCAGGAGAAGCAGCUACGACCGCACACGCCUUACCCGGACAGCAGCAAUGCGAGCACACCGCAAACUAUAAAGCGAACGCCCAUUCGGAAUUUCUCCUAUGAGGCGGCCAUGAAGCACGAUGAGAUUGAUAAAACGUCGCCAGAACUUGUGGAUAGCCUGGAUACGGUAGAGGAGAAUCCGCUGGCCGAGAGUGCACCGUCAACAGAAAUACAAAUAUCUACGCCCACGCCGCCAACCGAGGAGGAUGAGCAGCUGGCCGUUGAGAUAACGACCAAGGAGGAUGCGCUGGACAGCAGCAAGGUGGUAAAUGAGAUACGUUUCAUCAACAAUGGCGUCGAUGUGACGGCCAACGUUGAGAACCAAAUGCCAGACACGCCGCUGGCUGACUUUGUAGACGACCUGGAAUCGGACGGUGAGCAAAUGCUGGAUGAUCUGGAGCAGCACGUCGACAAGGUGGUCACAGAACAGAAAGCAGCGGUUAUCAAGACCACAGAGAGUGUCGGCGAUGCCAUCGAAUCAAAGCUUCAGGAGACGGGAAACACGGUGCAAACAGCAGUGCAGAAUGCGAUGACGGGUGCUCGCGAUACUGUUGAAACAGCGGGCGAGCGCAUGGUAAGUGGCGCCCGGAAUGCUGUCGAUGCAGCUGGCAAGGGUGCCCAGCGCAUGGCAGACGGAGCUCGAGAUGCUGUCGAUGCGGCUGGCAAGAGCGCAAUGCGAAUGGCCAGCGAUGCUAAGCAAUCCAUGGAACAGGUGGGCAGCAAUGCAGCCAAAAUAGCGACAAACACAAAAGAGUCAAUGGGCAGAGCCAUGGACUCAAUGACUAGCAAGAUAUCUAGCGAAGUGCAUGGCGCCAAGGAGAAUAUAUCCUCGCUGUUUCAAAUCAAAGCGGCCAAGGAGUCACAGCACAUGACGACGCCCACAACGACACCGGAAGAUGUUCGACCAAAGCGAAGCACGGAAACAGCCACAUCUGGAGACUUGGAGGCAGAAGGCGAGGAAGAUGAACGCACCACGGCAUCGGUAAAUUCAAAUCACCAUUCCGCUGCCCACAGCAAUGGCAAUGGCAACGGCAACGGCAAUAUCUUUGAGCCCAUGAACAGCAAUAGCCAUGCCUUUGAAGAGGAUCCACUUGAUGCGGUUGUAGAGCGUAGCAAGAAGGCAAUGCAAGAGGAGUUGCGCGCUUUAGAAGAGCAACGCGCUCAAUCACAUGUUCAAACCAAGAGCGAACCACAGCGAAGACAGAGCACUGAGAGCAAAGGCAUAGUGCAGCAAUUCCUAGAUGGUGUGCGGCUUUCGUGCCGCAACGAGAAGGCCGUACAAAUCGAGGUUGAGCCGCCACCGCAGACGCACCACAGUAAAAACAAGGUCAACAGCGAGCUGAGCCUGCAGAAUGGCCAAAACGGCGAGCAGCAGUCGUCACGCGUCUGCACAAUUUUAUAAAAAUGAAGCGCACUACGCACUCAGA